UUUGUGACAGCUAGGUCAGUUUGGGCAAGUUUGGGUCUAUUGUUAUUUAUUGUGUUUCAGUAGAUUUUUUUUUGUUUAACUUCUGAUUUAUCUGCAAUUAAUAAUUAUCAAAAUGGGACAAGGAAAGAGUCAAUUCUCUGAAGAGGAACUGCAAGAUUAUCAAGAUCUUACUUACUUUACAAAAAAGGAAGUUUUGUAUGCUCACCAAAAAUUUAAAUCACUAGCUCCAGAAAAAGUUGGCCAUAAUAAGAAUGCCAAAUUGCCCUUGUCGAAAGUAUUAAUGUAUCCAGAAUUAGGGGUUAAUCCAUUUGGCGAAAGGAUUUGCAAAGUAUUUAGCUCUGGUCAUGAUGGUGAUUGCACAUUUGAGGAUUUCUUGGAUAUGAUGUCUGUUUUUAGUGAUGGAGCACCAAAAGCUGUAAAAGCUGAACAUGCUUUUAGAAUAUUUGACUUUGAUGGUGAUGAUAUGUUAGGAGUGUCUGAUCUCCGUCAAGUAGUGGAACGUUUGAUUGGAUCUAAUGAAUUAUCAGAAAAUGAAAUGCUGCAUCUGAUUCAAAACAUUCUUGAGGAAGCAGAUUUAGAUGAUGAUGGUGCCUUAUCAUUUGCAGAAUUUGAACAUAUAAUUGAUAAAUCUUCAGAUUUCUCAAGUGCAUUUCGUAUUAGACUAUAAUAUUAGUCACAAUUAACCAAUGUUAUCUGCAGUCAUUUAAUUUUAAUAUAUUGUAAUUAUAUUUAAAUAAAACAUUCAUUCCA